UUACACUUUUCGACUUAAACCGUUCUGUUUCUGUUCCCAAUUAAAUAACGUACUUCAAUGUCGGUCACUUCGAUCUGCUGGCACACUAAUCUAGAUAUUGGAGUUUAGCUGAAAAGCCGAUGGUUUAGGCACCAGAAACGAACAUCAUCUCAAUUCCAAAACUUCCGCUUUUACUGUCCGAGGGAGAACUCAUAGCAAAUAAGUCCAGUUUGGGGUAGAAAAUGAAGCUGAAUUGUAUGCAGUGGCUUCGAAACAAGCAAGGCCAUAUGCUCCUGAAGUUGGUGGUGGCCAUUCUGUUUAUGGGUCUUGCAUUUCGUCUCGUAUUCUUUCGUUCCACAAGACUUCCGCCUGUGUUAGAAGAAAUCCCCCUUGCCGAGAAAACUGAGCUUGCAGAGCCACCCCUUUCUGUGCAAGUUCAAGAAAAUGAAGAUCAGGCUCCUCGCGAAGAAAAUGUUGAAGAAAAGUGUGAUCUUUUUACCGGGGAUUGGAUACCAAACCCAUCGGGUCCAAUUUACACUAAUCAGAGCUGCUCAUUAAUUGAAAGUCAUCAGAAUUGUAUGAAUAAUGGGCGGCCUGAUACAGGGUACCUAUACUGGAAAUGGAAUCCAAGAGAUUGCGAGAUACCGCCUUUUGAUCCAGAGAGAUUCCUUGAGACGAUGAGGCACAAAACAUGGGCACUAAUUGGUGAUUCAAUAUCUCGCAACCAUGUGCAGUCGUUGCUCUGCAUGCUCUCAACGGUGGAACAACCUCUUCAAGUUUACCACGAUGAAGAAUAUAGGUCCAAACGAUGGCACUUCCCCUCAUACAACUUGACUAUCUCGGUAAUUUGGUCCCCUUUCCUUGUGGAAGCUGCUAUUUUUGAAGACUUCAAUGGUGUUUCAACGUCUGAAGUUGAGCUGUAUCUUGACAAAUUUGACAAGAAGUGGACGGAAUCAUACCAGAACUUUGAUUACAUAAUAUUUUCAAGCGGGGAAUGGUAUCUCAAAUCCGCAAUCUAUCAUGAGAACGACACCAUUGUGGGCUGCCAUUACUGUCCUAAAAGGAACUUGACACAGUUGGGGUUUGUUUUCGCUUAUCACAAAGCCCUCCAGUAUGUAUUCAACUUCGUUGCCACGUCCAAUCACAAGGGCCACAUUUUUUUUAGGACUUCCACACCAGAUCACUUCGAGAAUGGGGAGUGGUUUAGUGGGGGGACUUGCCCCAAAACAACACCAGUCAAAGAAGGGGAGAUUGAAUUGAAGGACUUGAACAGGAUUUUGCGCGACGUAGAACUAGAGGAGUUUGAGAAGGCAGCAGCGGAGGCUUCCCGAAAUGGUGUGAACCUCAAACUUCUUGACCUGACCUUGCUAUCAUUGUUGCGUCCUGAUGGGCAUCCAGGUCCAUACAGAGAGUUCCAUCCAUUUGCAGGGGACAAAAAUGCAACAGUUCAGAACGACUGUCUGCACUGGUGCUUACCUGGGCCAAUAGACUCCUGGAAUGAUGUGAUAAUGGAGAUUGUGGUAAAUGGUUAAGAAAUUCAAGCAUAGUUUUGAUGCAUGAAAUAUAUGUUUAGCCAUUUCAGGCUAUGAGAGAUUAUUGGAUGAAGAUUCUUCUUGCCAGACCUGCAGAAAAACAAAUGGUAGAUUCCUACCAUCUCUUUCCAGGCAUUCUGUGCUGCGAUUCAUUUCCGCGUCAGGACAUCUUUCACUUGGGUUAUCGGUGAAUGUAAUCAGAGGAUAUUGAUUGUACUUUAUCAUAGUUGACUUUAUUUAUUAUUCACAACUUCUUUAUUUAUUUUUCUCGACAUGAUCACAAAUUCACUGCUAAUUCAUGACAUUCAUAAUAAACGAAUCAAUUUCGGGUUAACAUACAUAAUCGUCAAAUGAUCGACAUUCUAUGAAGAGCUACUUGGAGCUCUCGUGCUACCAAGAGCUAUUUGAAGUGACAGCAAAAUGGUUUGUCAUGACCUCACUGUAGAAGAAGGAGAUAACACGGCAUGGAGGCUAGGGCUCGUGGCUGAGAGUGGAAGUGAUGAACUCUAAGCCAACAGAAGCGAUGAAGUGUUUGACUUUAACCCAACUGGGAAUGCACCGUUUGAAGAAGAUGGAAGACCGAUUGAAGACGCACCGUUUUGCUGAGGAUGAAGCACACCGUUUCAUCAAUUGGAGUUAACCGCAACACACCGUUUCGAGCAACUACUUUAUUUCUAGAACAUUUCAUUUCUGAGUUGUUAUUUUAUGUCUGAGUCUGUUAUUUUAAGGGACACGUGUCAUCCUUUUAUUUGUUUAGUUUUCAUCCCUGCGUGGUUAUGUAGUGGAACGG